AUGUCUUAUACCGGUUUCUUCGAUGAGCUCCGCAAGAUCCCCCCAGUGACGCGCUUCCUAUGCGCGUCGUCCGUGGCGGUCACAGUACCGGUCAUGCUGCAGCUUUUGAGCCCGUACAGAGUCCUCUUUGUGAGGGAGUUGGUCACGCAGAAGUGGGAGAUUUGGAGAGUCUGGACCAGCUUUUUUCUUGGAAGUUCUGGAUUCAACUACAUCUUCGAUAUAAUCAUGCUCUAUCGAAACUCGGAUUCACUUGAAUCAGGGCAAUUCAGUGGGCGCUCGCCUGACUACGCAUGGCAGCUAAUUUUGGCUGCCGGCGCGAUAUUGGGAUUGAAUAUUCCCCUGAGGACAUACGUGCACGCGCGCGCCCUUCUGCUGUGCACAACAUAUCUUUCAGCUGCUCUGUCGCCAGCUGAAGCACAAACCUCAUUCAUGGGGCUCAUCACAUUCCCAGUGAAAUAUUUUCCUUACGCUCUGCUUGCCAUGGAUCUUGUAACAGGUGGGCCGAACGCCGCUGCUGUGAGUGUCACUGGCCUUGUUGUCGGACACCUUUGGUGGUGGACCAUGUUUGGAGACGAUGGGCGUGGGCUUCCUGGCGUAAGGGAGUGGGGAAAUGCGCCUGGGUGGCUGAGAAAUCUUGUAGCUAGUGGUGCAGGCCCAAACCCGGGUGCAGGAACGGGCGUUCACGUUAUUCCUCCGCGACCAAGGCAGGAGAGGACUGGUGGGGGGAGAGCGACAGGAUAUCAGUGGGGAUCAGGGCAGCGAUUGGGGGAGGAUUGA